AUGAAUCCGAAUGGAGAUGACGAAACAAAGGACAAGAGAAAGUCCUUUUCCCGGUCUGAAGCCGUUUCCCUCGAGGACGAUCGUUCCAAAGGGCCGAUUCGACUGGUCAAUUCACAGACCAGACCUGCCUUGAAGAGUUCCCAAUCAAAAGGUAAUUUUUAUGCGAUGAAAAGUUAGUAUCGACUGGGGAUAAGAUGGGAGUAACUUUUUGUUAUGCAUAUCAAGUGAAAGUGUCAUGUUUUUGGCUGCUUGAUAGGACAUUUUCAACUUGCAACGUUGAUAUGUUAUUGGUUGCAGACUCUUCUGGCUACACAGAUGCUACCGGAAUUGAUCUUACCUUGUUUAUAAAGGAGACUUUGCAUAAGAACCAGAAGGACAGACAACAUGUGUUACAUCUGGAGCAAGUUUUUUGUAACUUUCUGAACGAUCAGACAAAGAAAGUGUACGAGUUUCCGAACAUGACCUCGUACGACCGUAUGAUUGUGCACAGAGUAGCUGCUUACUUUGGUCUCGACCACAAUGUUACCCAAGAUGGACAGUCCGUAGUGGUGACGAAGACAGACUACGCUACUGUGUAGGUUAACGUUUACUUGGGCAGGGGCUGAGCAGAAUUUUCUUUAAGUAUAGUGUUUGUUUGGUUAUAUUAUUUACUUGUGACCAAUCUUACUAUAUGGCUUCAGCCCUGCGGUACCAUUCAAGAACUUGAUUGAGAACGACAUGUUCACGGAGAAACCUCGUCGUAACUCCAGUGGAAGAUACGGUGCAAAGAGCUUCCAGAAGUACCCGGAGUUUGGGGAUGGUGAUCCGAGAAGAAGAACCAAGUCAGUGGACAUUCCCUCUGGCAGUGUCUACUCGCCAGUCCCAUUCUACACCCAGUCCCAGAUGGUGCUUCCGAUGAAUAUUUUGGGGAAUCUAGACGGUAGAAAGAAGAGAAUGAACUCCCACUCCUCUACUGCUUCUGAAUCCACCUGUGAACCUACCGACCCCAGCCAGUUAAUGAGCCCGAUGAACAUCUACCCUCAGGGGUAUGCUUCUGCCGUUCCUUACGUUUAUUCCGCGAAUCCGUUGAUUCUGCCUCAGGGCGCGAACUUUGCAUCUGGUGCCACAGUAUACUAUCCGAGUGCUUCGAUCCCCUACAACAUGGGAAACUCUCCGCCGACUCCCUACUAUAUCUAA